AUGUCCUACCUGAUGCAACAGGAGAUAGCGGCCAGGCUUGCAGAGGAUUUACGAGCCCAACAAAAACAUCUGGCUGCUGACCCCUCCCUUCCUGCCUCCACUGCUUUCUACCUGGAGCUGCUCCUGGCCCAGUGCAACUGGAUGCCCACAGCACACUCCCGCAUGGUGAGCUGCUCCUCUUCGGAAGCUCCCUGUCCACACUUACACAUGCUCACAUGCGUGUGCUCAGACGUGCUCAGACCCACUCAGACCCAACAGAGCUUGGGGAGCCGAGGGGCUGAUUCCAACAUUCUUCUUCCCCUCCCCAGGAUUUUUGUCAAUUGCAGGUUGGUGCUGGGGAAGAUUCGCUGCUUUGGCUUUGACAUGGACUACACCCUGGCUGCCUACAAGUCCCCAGCCUAUGAGGCACUGGUCUUUGAGUUACUACUGGAGCGUCUGGUGUGCAUUGGGUAGCCGCGUGAUAUCCUGCGCUACACCUAUGACCCCGCCUUCCCCACUCGGGGGCUGGUGUUUGAUGUGCUCUAUGGGAACCUGCUGAAGGUGGACACCCAUGGGAACGUGCGGCUGGGCACCCAUGGCUUCACCUUCCUCUCGGAGGCAGAGAUCUGGAGCUUCUACCCCAGCAAGUUCGUUCAGAGGGACAACCUGCAGAGGUUCCACAUCCUCAACACGCUCUCCAACCUGCCUGAAAUCUACCCGUGUGCCUGCCUGGUGGACUUCUUCUCUGGCUGCUCCCGCUACACCAACUGUGACACCGGCUAUCAGCAUGGGAACCUCUUCAUGUCCUUCUGAAGCCUCUUCCAGGACGUGAGUGAUGCCAUGGAUAAUGUCCACCAGUCGGGCUGUCUGAAGGAGAAGACCCUGGAAGACUUGGACAAAUACGUGGAGAAGGAUGUGCGAAUCCCCAUCCUGCUGGGUAAGAUGAAGGAAGUUGGGAAAGUAUUUCUGGCUACAAACAUCAGCUACAACUACACGGAUGCCAUCAUGACCUACCUGUUUGGCAUUAGUGAGGCUGAAGGCUCAGCCAGGCCCUGGAGGUCCUACUUCGACCUGAUUGUGGUGGACACACAGAAGCCCUGCUUCUUUGCUGAGGGGAUGGUGCUGAGACAGGUCAACAGGGAUUCAGGCAAGCUCCACGUGGGCACCUACAUGGGGCCCCACCAGCACUGUGUAGUUUACUCUGGAGGCUCUUCGGACAUGGUGUGUGAGCUGCUCGGGGUACGGGGGAAGGAUAUCCUGUACAUUGGGGAUCACAUCUUUGGAGACAUCCUCAAGUCCAAGAAGUGGCAGGACUGGCGAACUUGCCUGGUGGUUCCUGAGCUGUUCCGGGAGCUUGGCAUCUGGAACCAAGAGAAGGAGUGGGGGGAGGAGCUGAAGAGGCUGAACGUGCACUUGGCAGACCUGUACCAGCACAUGGAUGGGAGCAGUUAUGGGCUGCAAGUUAUCAACUCCACGAAGAGGGAGAUUCAGAUGCCCCAUGAGUCUGCUGUGGAGCAGGAACGGUUAACCAGCAUCCCCUCUCCUGCCCUGUCUUCUACAGCCUGA